CAGCUGCGGCUUUGAUGCCUCACUCGCUACCGUUUCCCACUCAGAUUUCCAUUCAUUCCAAAUUGGUACCCAUCCCAAAGCCCAGGCCUCCCCCUGAGACCCUCGACAUGUCUACAGGACUCCAGUGUAGUAUUUACUGGAAGAGAUGCACUGAUGCUCCCUCGCUAGACCUACAGGCUGCUGGUUGGAGCCAUAAGGGAAUGGGAGGAAGAAUUACCCUGUGUGUUUAUGUGGCUGUGCUCCAGUAAAUAUUUUGAUGCAUCUGCUGCUAGCUCUGGUCUGAGGGAAUCUACCUAGCAUUUAAAUUUUGAUGGGGAGCUGUUUUGAAUAAUAACAGUGCAGCCGGCUGUGAGUCAGUGCAUGUGUGUUGACUUAAAAAAAAAAAAAAACCCUCAAAGCUUAACGCUUGCUGAACACUGAGCUGCAGUGCUUUGCUUUUUCCCUCCUCCUUUCUUCUUUUCUUUCUUCUCUUGACUUCCUCUGUUUUGUUUUGUUCUUGGGGGCAUUUCACACAGAUUUUGUUCACUGGCUGUGGGGGGUGGGGGGGUUGGGGUGAGAAUAAUUAAAAAAAAAAAUAAUACCCCAGCCAAAAUAAAUCCUCCCCAAAAACUCACAAGUAGCUUUUGCAAUGGGUGCUGUAAUGGGUACGUUCUCUUCUCUACAAACGAAACAAAGAAGACCAUCAAAAGAUAAAAUUGAAGAUGAAUUAGAAAUGACUACAGUGUGCCAUAGACCCGAAGGACUGGAACAGCUUGAAGCGCAAACCAAUUUCACUAAAAGAGAACUUCAAGUGCUUUACAGAGGAUUUAAAAAUGAAUGUCCUAGUGGGGUUGUUAAUGAAGAGACUUUCAAACAGAUCUAUGCACAGUUUUUUCCUCAUGGAGAUGCUAGUAUGUAUGCACAUUAUCUCUUUAAUGCAUUUGACACUGCACAAAAUGGCUCCGUGAAGUUUGAGGAUUUUGUGAUGGCAUUGUCCAUUCUGUUGCGGGGAACUGUUCAUGAAAAGCUAAGAUGGACGUUUAAUCUGUAUGACAUAAAUAAGGAUGGCUAUAUAAACAAGGAGGAAAUGAUGGAUAUUGUAAAGGCAAUUUAUGAUAUGAUGGGAAAGUACACAUAUCCAGUGCUCAAGGAAGAUGCUCCAAGGCAGCAUGUAGAAGUAUUCUUCCAGAAAAUGGAUAAAAACAAAGAUGGUGUUGUAACUUUAGAUGAGUUUAUUGAAUCGUGUCAGGAGGACGACAACAUCAUGCGAUCCUUACAGCUCUUUGAGAAUGUGAUGUAACUGUGCCUGGUGAGCGCUGGAGGAGUCAGACACUUUCUGUGUAACAAAGACCUCCUUUCUGGGUGAAAGCUUUUUACAAUUCAGCCAUGUUCAGUGUGUGAGGAUUUUGUAUGACAUCUCCAACCAAAUGGCAACUGAAUGCAACCAAUCCCACCUCUUCUUCCCAAGAGGUGCCGGUGGAGCUUUGUUUCGUUUUGGAAGCAUGUGAAUAUUUUAAUAAAACCUGACAAGAGACGACUGCUGCUCAAAGUUCAAUGAGUAAUAUACAGCGUUGUUUGCUAGGCACAAGUCCUGCUUUUAAUCUAGCAAGCUUGAUUAGAUACGAUAGCACAUGUCGGUAGCUUACUCAGCCAUCUAUUGCAAGUGAAAAGCUCAGUCCAUACUACCAUAUGGCAAAAUGUUUUAUGAAUGCCUUGACAUUAAUCUGCUUUGACAAAAGUAGAAUCUACCAGGGUCAUUUGUAAAAAAUGAACAGUAAAUGUACCUAGGACAUUGAGCAGACAGGCUGUGUAGCCAAUAUCUCCAUUUCUGCAGAGAUCCCACUUUUCCUCUCACAGGCACUGGUGCCACCACGCUGAGUUUGGUGGAGUUUUUCCUGAACACAUUAACUAGAGGAUCUUCAUGCCAGGGUGAGCCAGAAAGGAGCACAAUAUGAGUUGCAUGUAUAAAUUUUCAAACUAAAGAACAAAUCCUGCUCAACAAUGGUAAGUUCUUGCAAGACUGGGCAUUUUAUAAGGGCUGGUACAGGAAGAUGAAUACCUGCUCUAGUCCCAGCCACCUUCUGCAGUCCCAGCACAUGGGACCACCAUGUGUCCCAUGGUGUGACCAUGUGUCACACCAUGUGAAUCACACCAUGUGAUUCUUCAGUGUGCAUCCCAGCAGCACUGUGGUCAUCUGCUACGGUCCUUCCUAUGUAGUUUGGCACACGCAUUCUAGACUCAUCAUUUGAGUGUUUGUAUUUUUCCAUUGGAAGUUACAGUAAAAUCUUGCCCACUUUAGAAUCGCAGAAUCAGCUGCCAGGUCCAUAUGUCCCUUUGGGUAAUUUAAACAUUUUCCGUAGAAAAAUCUUUUUGUUUCCUCCAAGGCAACUGCAUGAUUUGUACAAGUCCCAUUUCUUUACUAAUGCCAAAUAGAGCAUUGGUUUGGGAGUUUGGUUUUUUUAAUAGGUAAAACAGAAAGAAUCAUAUAGUGAAUUUACACCAAGGUUGAAUUUUGCCCAGUAGAUUAUUUAUCAGCUGAGGAACAUGUCAGAGCUUGCUUUGCAGAGGACUCUUAGGAAAGUUAACACACCAGAAUGCCAUCACAGUCUCCAGGCAGCUGAUGCCUGAGAAACCAAGGGAAGGAGGAAACAGCCAACAUUUCCAGCUGCUCAAACCACACAGAAAGGAGAGUCCCUGCCAUAGUGCAGCAUUGCUCCCAUCCAGUAAGCAUAUAUUUUUAUUAUAUUAGAUAUAUUAUAUUACAAAUAUACUGAUAGCAAUGAAGAUAUAUUUUAAAAAUUAUGUAAGUGGAAGCUUUUUAUAAUACAAAAAUAUAUAGAAUGCCUCAUUUCUGUAGCCCUAUAUUUUAUAAAAAUUUAAUCUAUUGAAGUAUUCCUCAUUAUAGAAGUAGGUCUGAUCAGUACUAGUGUAAUGCUAUGCUUAUUCCCCAAGACAGGACAUUUUCCCCUUUUCCCCUGUGCUCCUCCGUACUCUUCUAUGUAGUCUUAACUUUAUUCCUUUAAGUUGCCAUUUGUCAUCAAAAGUGCUGCUCAAGUGAGGGAAGUUACAUGUACACAGGAAUGACACUCUAGUGUCUAGCCUUUCAUAUAGAUACCAUUAAUUAAUUCCUUCCUAGCAACGAUGCAGAGCAUAGCAACUCCAAUAAUGUGCUGUGAUUCACAGAACUGAUGUGAUGCCGUGACAGUAGCCUUUUCCUCCUGUUGUCCGGUAUUGUCUAUUUAGUUAUUAUUUAAUAAGCACUUGAUAAAGACAUCCAUUGUAGCUGAAAUGAUGCACAAUGUUUGCAGUGUUCCUUCUUGAUUCUUCCUGCAAUCACUUUAGCAAAUGGCCAAAUUUAAUAUAUGAAUAACCUGCCAAAAUAGUAUCUGCCUAUUGUCAGUCUAAGCAGUUAACUUCAGCUGAGGGAAAGGUGGUCAAGAUAAUGGAAAACAAGCAUUUGCAUUGGGUUAGCACAGUGCCUUUCUCCUCUAACAGUGUUGCUCCCGACAUGCUGAUGAGAUGGGACCUACAUCCUGAAAAGUUAGCAAAAUUUGAAUGUGCCCUUUUCAAAAUAAAUUAUUAGUUGUGUGACACCAUGGUCCCUGAAGCUAAAUUAAUUUCUGGAGUUACUGUGAUGAACUCAGCCUCACAUACAUUUUCUCUGUCUCCACUAGCAGAAGCGCUAUAUGGGUGGCGCAGGCAUGCCUGUGUCAGGGGCUAUAACUGCUUUCUGUUGAGCAAGGCCCCGGUUUGGCAGCAUGCUUCAAACAGUUGGAUGUUGUUCUCAGUACGUGCUUAAGUGUGUUGCUGAAAUCAGGCUACCAUCAGUGACCCUGCAGUUUUGGCAUCUCCUUUUCAGCUCCCAGUAACAAUGAGGGUGUGUUAGGCAGAGAGGGAGAUGCUGAAAGCUGUACUAGUCCUGAUUCUGCCCUUUAGGCGUAACUGGCUUCGAUUUCGGUCGUAUGCCUGAUGUUCAGCCCUGGGUUGCUACCUCUCUGCUCCACUUGAAGUCCAAGAAGUCCAUUGUAGCUGAGAUAGGAGGACUGGCAAAGUGACACACAACAGUUGUAUUUUCACAUAGCUCUAAUUGUAAAUUUUCUCUGUGGCAGAGUCGUCACCUUUGUGAAAUCAUUUAUUAUCCUGUGUUUGUCUCUGAUCCUGCUGGUAUCAGCCAGAGGCUGGUAUACAUCAGUGCAUAGAAGGCCUCUGGGUUUUCCAUGAGCAGCAUAUGUGUAUAUGGCUUGUGUGCUCCAGCCAACAAAUGACAGAGAUCCAGUGACUGUGAGAGAAUCACACUCUGCAUGGAAAUGUCUUUGCAUUUGUUUUUUAUGUUUUCCGUGAAUGUUACUUCGUAUACUUGCAGAGCCUCCCAUCGCUCAUAAAUGGGGCUUGCAAUAUUUAUGGCGAAUACUUACUACUACAGCUUUCUAAAUAAAACAUAGUAUGCUGUUCUAAUCUCAUACCGUCAUAAAUCCUACUGCCAGUGUGGGGAAGGUAGUUACCGUGCUGACUUCUAAGUUACAGUUAGACUAUCUGUCAGUGCUAUCAGCUGUGCAAAUUUUCUCAAAGUUGUGAAUGUUUAAAUAACGUCUGAAUCAUUAGUCUGACUGUUUCAUUAGUUACAAACGUCAGUCUGCAUCUUCAUGCCAGUGUUUUCUAAAAAAAAAGCCUUUCUAACAUGCGUUUUAGGCAACAAUCUGUUGAAAAAUAGGAAUGUGUUUAAUGAUAAUGCAAAAAAAAAAAAGUAAUGUGCCUGUUACUGUCGAUGUUUGUUUUCCUAUUACUUUGAAUGCAUUGCAGUAUUGUGAGUAAUCACAAGUCAAUAUAAACCUGAGGGUGUGGAUAUCCUAAGGUUCAAGCAUUGUGGGCAGAACUGUGGCAUUGCCUGACUGUGACACAUGUUGAAAACAAACAUCUUUGUGUCCAUGUCUGACCUCUGAUAAGAUGGUAGCAGCUGGGUAACAACCGUUUUUUCUCCUUAAUGGAAGUGCCAUGAAAGACCUAAGGAAAUGUGCAAAUAACAUAAAUUGUGAUAACUAAAGCCAUGUUAAUGGAGCAGCAAUGCAUAGCUUCACAAAUGCUAUUCUCCAAUGGUAAUUUGUAUUAAAUUUUGUUGAAUGGUUUUAAUAAUAAAAAGAAAA